GAAUAGAACUUGAUAAAGUACAAGUAAGAAACGUAUUUCGGCUUUGUUAUUUAACAAUAAAAACUGAUUCCAAUUUUUGAGUCAACAUUCGUCAGUUGCCUUGACAAGUAACUUUUAUUUUCUGGUAAAAAGUUCGGCUAUCCAGUUAAUUUUUUCUUGCGUUAAUUGUUGCUUGGUGUCUCGCGCAGGGGCUUGGACACACCCCCGGUCCUGAGUCCUGGUCAGCUCUCUGAUUCCUUAUUGCUAAAGCGCUAGUAAACACGUGGCCACUAAACUAAAACUAACUAAACUCGACUACCUUAAAAUAGUGUAUUCCUUGAAAUAUUGAAGUUGACUGUAUACACCAUAUAGCAUAUAAAUACAUACUUAAGUUCGAAAUAAAAAAUUUUCAUGUCGUUUGGGGAAUAUCGAUCCUCACCUGACGGAAAAUUCAUAGCCAUCGUCUGGUAUCAGCAUCACGUUUCAAAAUUUGCGUAAAAUAAAAUGGCUUAUUGCUUAUUAAUAGCGGCAAAUGUUUACCGUGCAAAUAUUUGUUCCUAAGUCGUUGGGAUAACAUGGCAGAAGAGGUUGACCAUGUUAAGGAAAGCUUCAGGUCCUCCACUGUGACGUUUAUAUAACGCAUUCUUCUUGGCUCCCGAACUCCACCGUGAGCUCGUCUUGUCUGACGCCUGCCUUCGUGGUGACAUGCCUGCCGUGGCACGCCCUUAGACGGAGAGGGUUGGUGCUCGGUGCGCAUCAUGGAGGCUAUCUAAAUAACAUUCAAUUGCAGCUAAUCUUAAAUGAUUUGUUCUUCUUGUUAAGGAGAUGAUGUUUAUUUGUUAUUAAAAUGAAGAGUAGAAUAAGGCAGUUCAAAUUUAAUAAUAUUAUUAUCGUCUUAUAGUUGUCAGGAGAUCAGCAUAGAAAUGUAAUUCUGUCUUGUUAACAUCAUUCUGUCUUAUCAACAAAAAUGCGGACCUCUUUGACUACCGUAUACUCAGUCGAAUUCAUUUAUCAACAGACAUUGUAAAAGAAGUGGAAAAAUCAUUCAAGUCAAUCCUCUAUUUAAUCUAUGUGCGAUGACAUUGAGUCAAUUUUCAAGCUAAUGCUGAUUUCAAGCAAUUUAUUAAUAUGGAUUUAUUAAGAAAAGAAACGUGUCGUGAAGCGGUGUUCUCCUCGUCCAGCGACGUUCCAUUUUAUACAAAAUAUACCAGCAUCAGAUUUUUCUGAAUAUUCACCCGCUCGUGGUCGGUCGAAUAUGAGUCAGCGUUUCGAUGGUACCGACGUAUCAUAGGUACGUAAAGCUCUGAUACACAUUGAGGCUGCUGCGACGCAUAGAUGUGCUCACGGCGCGUCCACCGGUUUUUUCUUAUGUUGGCCUUCUGCUGAAAUAAAUGUGAGUGUCCCUGGUUUAGUUUCACUACCUCGAAGAGCUGUACAAGAUGGCGAUACGGCUAUCGAAGAAGAGGCGCGUGUGGUUGCUGCUGUGCGUGGCUUCCCUCACUCUGAUGCUGCUGGCGGCGACCAGGUGGAUGCGUGGCACUUCUGGCCCUCAGCUGCACCCCUCAGCCCUCACUCUGCACUCUCGCAAUGCAGGUGCUCCAAUUGCUUGGGUGCGAGGCCAGAAUCAACACACAGGGUAUCUGCGUCACGUACACGAAGUGCUGAGCUUCCUUGGUUACACGGUGGUGAACUACACCGACGCUGAGGGCCUCACGCAGCCCUGGGACUUGUUGUGGUCACACGCUUACCCUUUCAAAGAGUUACGACCUUUGAUGCUAAGACUACAGCCACACCAACGAGUUAAUCACUUCCCUGGCUCCGGGUUCAUCAGUAACAAAGUUACCUUGGCUGAAAGUGAGCUGAAGUCGGUGCCGCACGCUUUCCGUAUCCCCAAAGAUCGUGAAAAGCUGCUCAAUUACGCCAAACUUAACCCUGCUAAGUUGUUUGUACAGAAGAGCAACAACCAUCGAGGUAUUGCGGUCAAACCUCUCUCUGAACUCGACCUCAGCGCUGAAGGUUCAUUCGUCCAGGAGUUUGUCCACAAUCCGCUCCUCAUCGAUGGACAUAAGUUCGACAUCGGGCUGUACGUCGUUUUAACUUCCGUGCGUCCAUUGCGCGUAUACAUCUACUGGGGCGACGUUCUUUUCAGGUUCUGCCCCGAAAAGUACCACCCAUUUGAUCCCGCUGUGAAGGAUAAGUACGUUGUAGGUGACGACUACAUGCCUACGUGGAAAGUGUCUUCGCUCAUCCCGUACUACACACUGCAGGGCUUUGGCAUGAAGCAGUCAUUCGAUGCCUGGCUCAGAGAUCAGGACAAGGACCCUGAGCUGGUGUGGAAGGGCGUUAGAGACGCCAUCUCCGAGGUCUUCUACGCCAAGGAAGACGCGAUCAUCGGCGCCGUCCUCAACUACAAGCGCCGGCACAACUUCUUCGAGAUGAUGCGCUUCGAUCUCAUCGUUGACGCCGACCUACACGUUUACUUGAUGGAAGCAAACAUGUCUCCAAACUUGUCUUCCGCGCACUUUAAGCAGAACAAGCUGUUGUACCGCCAAGUUGUUAAGCAUGUUUUGGGCGUCGCCACGUUGCCCGUCAAUGAACUGAUGGCCGCUGCCAGACUCAGAUCAGAACAUUUGACCAAGACCGACCCAAGCGUCGCUGUUAAUUUAGAGUUGUCUGAAGACCAGCAAAUGAAUGCAGCUUUUAAGGACGUAAGCGUUUUUCCUGAGCACUGCGCCACCAACUGCGCCGGAGAUGCCAAAGGUUCCAGCGACUCGAAAGGUUCUGACUGCGAUGACGUGUCGUGCCAACUCUGCCAGCGCUGCGUCAGUUCAGAGCUUCUACAGGAGCUCCUGCGAGCUCAUGGGGAGCACCAGCGCAGGGGCAUGACCCGCCGCCUCCUGCCGCCCCCCAUUACGCCCCCCAGUGCUGCACACACUCCAGCCAACAUAUCGCACAUCAACCCUGACAACACGCUCAUCACUGAGUGGUUCAGAGGCAAGUGCUUGCUGGACGACACUUUCUGCUCGUAGUUGAAUGAUAGGCACUACCUCUUCGGACCCUGGUUUUGCAGCGAUAAUAUUGUCGAUAAGAAAUUCAAAUAUGAUGCAGCGUAAACAGCUUCAAUAUCGACUCUCAUCAUAUGCUUUACUGAAAUUGAAAAAUAGUUACGCGACUAUGUGGAAUUCGAUUCGAGACGACAGAAGUCAAUGUAAAAUCAAAGGAAAUUGAACAUAAUAAAAACGUUACAAACUUAGAGAACUCGGGAGCUCAAAACAAGCCACUCGACGAGAUACUCAAACCGAUGUACUCAGAAGACAAUAGUGUUCUUGUCAAAGAAAAUACUGAUCUUGAAAUAAGCUCGGAAUUAUGUGUAUAUUAUUUCUCGAAGUUGAAAUCGUCACUGGCGAACUCGAUAUUUGUCAAAAAGCAGUUUUCUAGUGUGCGAAUAAGUUAGGCUCAUUCCAGUUUGGAUAGAAUUCCGGCUUCCUCAUAAUUUGUAUUGCGUCUUGUAUUGAGUACUUCAGUGUUUUACUUUUUCUGGACCUUGACUUAAAUGAGAUUAAAGCGAGGCUGCUGAAAUUAAGGGUACCAUUACUUCAUCUAAUGAACUCCGUGAAUAAUUUUCUUUAAGAAAAUGGACAUAAUUUAUAGAACAAUAUAAUUUCAAUGUGAGAGUCGAUAUCCGUUUCUGCAUGAAUGAGAUGAGUUUGAAAUAUAUCCUGAUAGUGGCUUUUUGAAAUAAAUCCUGAUAGUGGAUAAAUAAUGAGUGAUAACUCAUGAAGCCACUGAGCUUCCACGAGUGGCAACUCAUGUUAGUUGUUAUCUCGACUUCGUGGUCUUUAAUUAUAUCAAGUUAGAGCUUUUAGCUGUUUUUUUUUAUUCGUCUUAUACUUUUACUGAUAAUAUCAGGUAGGCUUUAGAAUUUAUAUACAUAAUUUAUUUAUAUAAUCGUGAUGUAUUUUCGUUAAUUUGGGCGCGAGUACGUAGGUCCUCUUUAUUCGAACAUCCUUCGACUAGAACAAUUUACAAUCCGAAAAAAUGGGUAAAUAAACUUUAUUUAUAUAUGUUUAUAAAUAGGCCUUGUUGCGGCGUCUGCAGAAAUUCUUCUCAAUAAGUUCACCUAAUUAGUUAUUUCGCUAUUUAUUCCCAACUUUUUAUAGAUUUUUUGAGAUUUUGGAUAAAUGUUACAUCGCUUGAUCGUCACGGUAUUUGCGCCGUGUGUAAGCGCUGGAUUAGGUUACGUUUUUUAGUUACGCUUUUACGUUUUUAUUGCUCAAUUUAUGGUGCUGCAAGUUUUAUGUUCUGAUGCAUGUUAAGCUGAGUAUAAUUAUAGUGUAAGGAUAACUCUGUUGCACAUGAGCUAUUAUAUCUUAGUUUAUUGUGAUAUGUUACGUUUAAAGUCGCAAGAAUGGAAGUACUCAUAUUAUUUAGUUGAACAUAUUUUCCCCGUGGCAGCUUUUUGUGUUAGCUCUCGAUUGCGCGAUUAGUUUGAAUGUCCCGUAGGUAAAGCAUUCGACAUGACCGACCUAAGGCCAGAGGUGACCAAAUUGGGGCUCGCCACCCCAGUUCAACAGGCCGAGUGACAUCACUUGAAUUGACAUGAUUAACCUUCAGAAGCCGUACUAACAUAAACACUUACGAGUUCCUAACUCCGUCAGCCUAUCAGCGACGGCUUUUCAAACCAAACUUAGACAUCACAGACUAGAGAUCGGCAGCUACGCGUACUUACGAGAGAGUUUUGAUAUUACGGCGCGUUUCUGGUUUGCAAGUAACAAGCUUUUUCAGGAUAAUUUCGGUCCCUGGUGUCUUGGACGGGUCUGAGUUAGUAACAAGUUUGGGAAUUAAGUCCUUUGCCGUGGGAAUUACGGAAGCUACAUCACGGUAAAGGACUUCACUCUGUGGUCUCAUUUAUCAGUGAUGAAUAAUAUUCGUAAACUUAGAAUCUCUCGUGUUUCAUUUAUUAUCGACGAAUGCUAUUUUUUUAUUAGCAUUUAUCUACCAAAUUUUAUUUUUAGCAUUACUUGGAAUAUUCAGCAAACUUUGAUGCUGGUAAAUGUUAUAGCUCUGCGGCUUUGUGUGGGUGCGAAGUAGACGCUAUCAUAUAUUUAAUAUUUUCGACUUUCAGACAGCUUCGAAUUCUGUGACAGAAUCAAGCAAUUAUUUCGUCCAUCGAGCUUUGAUUUCGUUCGACUGUCAAUAGACUGACGUUUCUAAAACAUGUGCCGGUAUUUAUCGAAAUGUCGAGGAAAAUUUCAUGCGGAAAAAGACUUUUGAACCAAACAUGCACUUACCUCAAAGGUUUUAUCCCCUGUUAAAGUAAGCGUUUACAAUGUCAUUUUGGGUUUCGUGUUUGCAGCGAUUACAUAUAUUUUCUGUGCAUUCA